GUUAUUUUUCUCUCUUUGUAUCAUUUUUCAAUAAUUACAACAAGUACACUCAAGAAUGCCUCUCUUUACUACUAUUCAAUUGGCCUUUGCUUUUGGCAUUCUUGGAAAUGGGGUGUCGUUCUUGGUGUACUUGUCCCCACUGCCGACUUUCUAUAGGAUAUUUAAAAGAAAAUCAACCGAAGGAUUUCAAUCGAUACCUUAUUCGGUUUCGCUUUUCAGCGCGAUGCUUUAUUUAUACUAUGCUUAUCUAAAAAAAAAUGAGAUUUUGCUCAUAACAAUUAACAGCUUUGGAACUGGUAUACAAUUGAUAUAUCUCACUAUCUUCAUGAUAUACGCCACUAAAUCGGCUAAGAUUUUCGCUACGAACCUGUUGAUUGGGUUUAACAUAGUGGCAUUUGGCGCAAUUGUUGGGUUGACAUAUAUAUUUGCUAAAGAAAAUGAGUUACGAAUCAGUAUCGUUGGAUGGAUUUGUGCCGUCUUUUCUGUUAGCGUUUUCGCUGCUCCUUUAAGCAUUAUGAGACGCGUUAUUCAAACAAAGAGCGUUGAGUUCAUGCCAUUCCCUCUUUCUUUUUUCCUUACAAUCUGCGCUGUCAUGUGGUUUUUCUAUGGUCUAUUGAAAAAAGACAUGUACAUUGCAAUGCCAAACAUUCUAGGGUUUUCAUUCGGAAUUGCACAAAUGAUAUUGUACGCAAUCUACAGAAAUAGAAAGCAACAAGUUCUACCGGACCUUAGUCUGAUGGAUCUGAAAGAAAUCGCGAUUGACAUGAAAGCGGUGGUGGUGGAGAUAAUUCAAGAAAAUGUUGACGAUGAGAAUAAGAAUAAGAAUAAGAAUAAGCAAGAAGAAGUUGAUAGUGUUGAUGAAAAAAAGGAUGAUAAUGAUAAGCAAGAUGUAGUUGCACUAACAACUUCUAACGUAUGAGAAAAUUAAUUAAUGCACAAAAAAUUAAGCUACAAAGAGAUAUAUAUAUAUUUGCCCCCUAAUAGCCAAAGGCAAAGAAGGGUUAAAAAUGUA